GGGCCCCGCAGAGCGGAGCGCGGGCGGAGGGCAGGGCAGGGCGCGCAGCGGCGAGCGCGGGCGGCGGCCCCUCCGCACCAUGUACACCAUCAGCAAAGGGCCCAGCAAGCUGGUGGCGCAGCGCCGCACAGGUCCCCCGCAGCAGCAAGUGGACAGCCGGCUCGGCGAGCUCCUGAAAUGCCGGCAGCCCGCGCCACCGACCCCCCCGGCCCCGCGGGCGCAGCCGCCGGGACCCUGGCCCCUGUCGAGUUCGGGGCCAAGGCUUGUGUUUAACCGGGUGAACGGCCGGCGGCCCCCUGCCACGUCUCCGUCCCUUGAGGGAGCCCAAGAGACCUACACACUGGCCCAUGAGGAAAACGUCCGGUUUGUGUCCGAAGCUUGGCAGCAAGUGGAGCAGCAGCUGGGCAGUGGCCCCACUGGCCAUAGUGGGCCCAGGCCUGUGCAGUACGUGGAGAAGACCCCCAACCCCCGGCUGCAGAACUUUGUGCCCAUUGACCUGGACGAGUGGUGGGCGCAGCAGUUCCUGGCCAGGAUCACGAACUGCUCCUAGCUGCCUUGUGAGGAAUGCUGCCGUGCAGGGCUCAGCCCUGCCCAGGGGCAGACCCCUCGCCAGGAGAAGACCGUGGCGCCCCGUUUUGCCGCCGAGGCAGGCCGCGCUUCACCCCAAGUCUGGCCAGGAGCCGGCCACACCUGAAGUGCCAGCAUUCGGACUUUUGCACCUGCUGAGCCCCUGGACGAGCUGUGCCACGCUGCCGGGGGCCGAAUCUGACCUCAAUUCUGCUCACUGUGCCCAGGGACCAGCCCCUGCGGCCGGCAGGGAGGAGCUGUAGGCUAAUAAAGUUGAAAAACUGCC